AUGAGCUCCCUUUCAAACAGCUCUUCCUCCUCCGUCAACCGCCUCGACAUUAUGUUCCUCCUCUACCUAAUAUUCAGGCUUCGGGUUCAAGACCCUAACAACCAAUUUUCCAAUGAGGACUUCAUUUCUGACAGGGAAGAAGAAGAGGAACUAGAAUUUGAAAUUGAAGAUGACAAGCCCCGUCCCUACCAAGACGAGGGACUGCGCGCAAUUUACCAAGAAGAAUCUCGGAUUGAAGCUGACGUUGUUUAUCGAAUCCUGAAUGAAAAAGCUCAUACCUUAAAGCCUAAUUCGGGUGAAACAGUCAUGAUUCGUGAAAGUAGCAUCGCUGUUGAAUUUCAUGUGGAUGAAGGUGAGCAUAUUGUUUGGGAAUGGCAUGGUCACAUUCCAAGAUAUACUGAAGAUCAUGAAUUUUCUCUCGAGUAUAUAUAUGGGAAUUACUUUCAGAGGAUUAUACAUGAGGAGCGACAUACUACAUCAGCUCGAGUAGAUGCAUCAGAUGACAAGGAUUUGAAGGAUUUGUUUGAUGGUGCUGUCAAUCUAGCCCCUGGUAGGAUGGAUACUUCAUCGUAA